AUUGUCAUACAUGCGUUAGACUUAAGAGGUAGUGUGGAAGAUCCAACGGCUCACAUUAUUGAGCCGACAAUCAUCAUUCACCAAAGUUUCAAAAUCUUUACCCCCGAAAAACCAAUUGAUCAUCAUCGUCGUCGUCGUCGUCAUCGUUAAAAUCAAUCUGAAUCAUGUGUUACGGUCAUCACCACCGACGAUCAUUAUCACUGGACCCUUUCACUCCUUCACGAACUCAUCGGACUUUAGAUGAUAACGCUUUGACAGUGGAGGAGAUGCGUGGCCGGCUGGCCGAGACGGAGGCGCAGCUGGAGCGAGCCAGAGCUCGAGAAGCUGAGCUCAGCCGUCGCUUCGAGGAAAUGAAACGAUUCGUAAUGGUAAUGGAGAUUCUUGAGACUUACCUUAAACGACGAUUUUGCCAGCAGCAAGAACAACUCUCACAACUUUUCUAUUCGCUUCCGAAGUAAUUAGGACUCUUGCGCUGGUGAAUUUUACUGAUUUCUUUUGUCUGUACGAUUUUUCUUUCUUGUUGUUCAUGUCGUUUUUGCCGUGUUUCUUA